CCUUUAAAAGUAGAUCACGGGCGUCGCCCCAACAUGUUUUAUUGCCACGAGUGCAAGCUCGUAUUCUCUUCCCCUUGACUCAUUUUGAAGAGCUAAAGGCCAUUUCCAUUGGGUUUGCCUUUCCAUUCAAGAUCCAUCUCUUCAAUGGCCGUUCUUUGGGCAGCUUUCUUUUUUCUAGCCCUCUCAACUUCUGCAGUCGUCAAUGCAGACGACGCUCCGACAGUAUACGAAGUUCUCCAAGAACACGACUUUCCAAUCGGCCUUCUUCCCAGAGGAGUAACGAGCUACGAAGUGGACAAAUCCACAGGUAAGUUCACAGUCCAUCUUAAUAGCUCUUGCUCUUUCAAAAUCGAUUCAUAUGAGCUCAAGUACAAGUCUGCGAUUGAGGGCGUCAUAGCCAAAGACAAGCUCUCAAAAUUAAGUGGGAUCCAAGUUAAGGUGCUCAUUUUGUGGCUAAGUAUUGCUGAAGUGAUCCGUGAUGUAGAUGAGCUCGAAUUUUCUGUGGGGAUUGCUUCUGCUGAUUUUCCUGUGAGAAAUUUUGAUGAAUGCCCGGCUUGUGGAUGUGGCUUUGAUUGUAAAGAUGUCAACUUGAGGAAAAUCACUUCUUCUUCUUCUUGCUUAGAUACCACUUACUGAUAAAUGGCAUCGAGAAGCGUGUUGCACAUGGAUGUGCUGUCUGUAAUAAGCAAUGACCUGACUUCCUCAGAUAGCACUCUUACCAAAAAUAAAUUACUGAAUGCUUUAUCUUUCA